AUGCUUGCUGCCUCCGCUGUUGUUCUAUUAGCAACGUUCACUUCCCGCACUGAAGCGCACAGUUAUCUCGAACAGCCCAAGCCGUCCUGGAAGGACAGUCCCAAUCCCGGCUGGGUUACUUUGAUCGACAACUACUGGGACAUCGGAUCCGGUGGUGACCAAGUUGGCGCAUUCAAGACGAUGGCCAAAGAGAAGGGCAUGUCUGUGAAGGACGUGGUGCUGGACAUGGUCAAGGACCAGAAAUGUGGUAACACGCUGGAAAAUGGGGACCCCCAGCCAAUUCCGGCCGACGGGAAAGUCAAGUGGCAUGGCAACGAGGGCGGCGGCUUCACCCACACUGGCCCUUGUGAAAUCUACCUAGACGACAAGAUGGUUCUCCACGGUGAUGACUGCGAGGACGAGUUCAAGGGUGGCCCCAAUGGCUCGAAACAAACGUCCGAUAUGCCAGUGGACUUUUCAUCGUGCAACGGUAAAUGCUUGUUGACGAUCUAUUGGCUGGCGUUCCAGAACGCGCAGUGGCAGACCUAUGGAUUCUCCAUCGACGGAGACGAAGUCGACUGA